CGUCCCCGCCGCAGCUCCGCCGGUUUGAACUUGGCGGGCCGGAUGUGGGCGGCGGGGCAAUGGGGGGCCGCUUCGCCCCUGUCCGACCGCGGGUUCUUGGCCGGCUGCAGGUUCAGGUCCCGGCCCUCCGCGGGCUCCUUCUCUGUCCUCAUGGCGGGCGCCCGGGCGCAGGGGCUGGAGGCGGUGGAGGUGUGCUCGCUGUCGCCACCGCUGAGCUGUAGCAAUUCCACCAUGUCGCUGUUGUCUCCCCUCGGCCACCAGAGCUUCCCGUUUGACGACGACGAUGGUGACGGGGAGGAGGAGGAAGAUGUGGAUGAAGAUGCUCAUGACUCAGAGGCCAAGGUGGAGAGCCUGAGAGGAAUGGAGUUACGGGGGUGCGCCAGUGUGGUUGGAUCUGAAGAUAACCAAGAAGAACAGAAACAGGUGCACUUACCGGAAAGCAGCCUGACACCGUGGGAAGUGUGGUUUGUUGGCAAAGAAAAAGUAGAACGUGACCGUCUGCAACAGAAGGCCCUAGAGGAAUUAAAUCAACAGCUAGAAAAAAAGAAAGAAGUGGAAGAACGUGAAAAGAGAAAGAUAAUUGCAGAAGAAAAGCACAAGGAAUGGGUUCAGAAAAAGAAUGAACAGUUGUGGAUUUUGUGCUCUAUUGAAGAAACGUUUGCCUAUGCCAAGAAAAGAAAAGAAAGGGAACAAAAAAUUAAUAAAGAAAUGGAGGAAAAAGCAGCAAAGGAACUGGAGAAAGAACAUUUACAAGAAAAAGCAAAAGAAAAAUAUCAAGAAUGGUUAAAGAAAAAAAAAGCUGAAGAAUGUGAGAAGAAGAAGAAAGAAAAGGAAAAAGAAAAACAACGGCAGGCUGAAUUACAGGAAAAAAAGGAAAUAGCAGAAAAAAAGUUUAAGGAAUGGUUGGAAAAUGCAAAAAAUAAACCUCGUCCAGCUGCAAAGAGCUAUGGUUAUGCCAAUGGAAAACUCACAGGUUUUUACAGUGGAAUUUCUUAUCCAGAACCAGCCUUUUAUAACCCAAUUCCAUGGAAACCAAUUCCUGUGCCUCCUCCCAAAGAAGCAAAGGAUCUAUCAGUAAAGAAGACUAAACGGCCUGUGAUAAGCCAGCCACACAGGUCAUCCUCUCUGGUAAUGCAUAAAGCCAGAAGCAGUCUUUGCCUUGGAACUCUGUGCAGAAUACAGAGAUAGUAGAUGUGAGAAAUUACAUGCUUUUACCUGCAGCUAUUUAAUUUUAAAAUCAGAAAUUGGUUUUUUACUGCUCAAUUAGCUCAAUAUAUGAUGUAUUAUUGAUAAGUUCAGAUUUUUCCAUUUGUAUAUGGAGUCCUUAGAGUUAAUUGAGGAAGGUAUUUUAUACAUUUUCAUAUUUAUAAA